AUGUACUUUUCUGUGGCCAUCCGGUAUGUUACCGUAUUGAUCGUGGUGCUCGUGUGCGUCAGCUCCGGCGAUGGUGCCAUCGCUGGCUCGAAUCGUACGUCUGCCCUGGAGGAGGCUCGGUUGCAGCGCGAGAACCUCGUACGGAAGUACCUGAAGCGGCUUCGUAAGGAGGACGGAGCACUCAAGCUUGUCGGUGGCCGUGGGGAUUUCGAGGGCAACGUGGAGAUUUUUCACGGCGGCAAAUGGGGCGCAAUCUGUGACGAUGAAUGGGACCAGGCUGAAGCUGAAGUCGUUUGCCGACAGCUCUGGUUUCCCGGACACGUGCGACCCACGCACACCGGCCAUUUUGGGCGUGCUAAGCGGAAGUUCUGGAUGGAUAAUCUGUGGUGUGGUGGUCACGAGCUCGAGCUGGUCGAGUGUCACUUCGACGGUUGGGGCACGAACGACUGUGAGGCGGGUGAGGCGGCAGGAGUUAUCUGCAAGCAGCAUCCGGAGUUAACGGAGGAGUCAGCCACAGGAGUCUCAACUGAACCACCGGCGAAUGUAUUGCCGAAGGAACGUUUUUCCAAAGCACUCGAGUUGCGGCUUGUUGGAGGUCGAACAUCCGGAGAGGGACGAGUAGAGGUGCGAACAGUGGCCGAGGAUGGGACCCUUGGGCCAUGGGGAAGUGUGUGUGGAGAUGGAUGGGGUUUGUUGGAGGGAAAUGUGGCUUGUCGGCAGCUUGGAUUGGGUUACGCCAACAACGCCGUUCAGACGGACUUUUUCUCCACGGAACCGGAACAGGCCUUACCGGAUGUGGUACUUCUCAGUGGAACUGAGUGUUAUGGCAACGAAAGCUCGCUAGCGGACUGCCGACACGAUCCAGUAACAGUGGAGUCAUCCACGCAACAGACACGAUGCAGCGAACGGCGUGGCCACGUGGCCGCAGUCACGUGCGUGCCCGAAAUGGCUGAUCUCGUGUUCGACCACGCUGAACUAGCGCAAACGUUGCAUCUGGAGGACCGACUGAUGUACUUGCUGCAGUGCGCAAUGGAGGAGAACUGCGUGGCAUCACAGGCGUACGAAAUCCAGCGGGACAACCCAAACUGGCACCUGGAAACGCGUCGAUUGCUCAAAUUUACGGCGCGUGUUAUCAACGCGGGAACGGCCGACUUCCGGCCGCACAUUCCCAAACACCUGUGGGAGUGGCAUCUGUGUCACAUGCAUUACCACAGUAUGGAGGUGUUCGCGACAUUCGACGUGAUCGAUGGACGAGGCCGACGGGUCGCAGAAGGUCACAAGGCGUCAUUCUGUCUCGAAGACAACCAGUGCUUGCCGGGUGUGGAACCAAGGUACGCCUGCGCCAACUACGGUGACCAGGGUAUCUCGGUGAACUGUUCCGACAUUUACCGGCACAACAUUGACUGCCAGUGGGUCGACAUUAGUGAGCUCGAUUUUGGCGAGUACACACUUCGCGUUGCGAUCAAUCCGGAGUUUAAAGUGCCGGAAAUGCGAUUCGAUAACAAUGCAGCAACCUGUCGGCUUCUCUACACGGCGACGUACGCGCGUGUGUACGACUGCGAGCUUGGGCGGCCAUAAAACCACGUGACUUCAGCCAUUAUCCUUGGCCAAAUCCGUGGGUGGGUAGAGGUUUAGUGCAUGCUUUCUUUCCAUAAAUCGAUUAGUACGAUACGAAACGCAACGCAACGCGUCGAGACGCCAUAUAAUGUAG